UGGGCAGGCUGGGCGGGCUGGGCCCAGGUCCAGAACCGAGUGGAGAGAGAGCCACACCAUGCCAGACUACUGUAACUGCAGCGACGUCUUCCAGUACGAGACCGACAAAGUCAUCCGGAUCCAGAGCAGGAAUUAUGGCACCAUUAAGUGGCUCCUGCACAUGAUCGUCUUCUCCUAUGUUAGCUUCGCUCUGCUGAGUGACAAGCUGUAUCAGCACAAGGAGCCCUUGAUCAGCUCCGUGCACACCAAGGUGAAAGGGGUCGCAGAGGUACAGGAGGAGUUUGUAGAGAAUGGGUUGAAGAGAGUGAAGCAGAAUGUGUUUGACACCGCCGAUUACACCUUCCCCCUGCAGGGAAACUCCUUCUUUGUGAUGACAAACUUUCUCAAGACCGAAGGUCAAGUGCGGGGGCUGUGCCCAGAGCAACCCACCCGUAGGACCAUCUGUAACUCUGACCGGAACUGUAAAAAGGGCUGGAUGGACCCACAGAGCAAAGGAAUCCAGACAGGAAGGUGUGUCGUGUAUAAAGGGACUCUGAGGACCUGUGAAGUCUCCGCCUGGUGCCCCACUGAGGCAGUGGAAGAGGCCCCCCGGCCUGCACUCUUGAACAGUGCUGAAAACUUCACCGUCCUCAUCAAGAACAAUAUCGACUUCCCCGCUCACAACUAUACCACGAGAAACAUCUUGCCAGGCUUAAACAUUACUUGCAUCUUUCAUAAGAUUCAGAAUCCACAGUGCCCUGUUUUCCGACUAGGAGAUAUCUUCCAAGAAGUAGGCGAUAAUUUUUCAGAAGUGGCAAUUCAGGGAGGGAUCAUGGGCAUUGAAAUCUACUGGGACUGCAAUCUUGACGCAUGGUCCCACAGCUGCCGUCCGAAAUACAGUUUCCGUCGCCUUGACGACAAAAACGCCAAAGAGUCCUCUUACCCUGGCUACAACUUCAGAUAUGCCAAGUACUAUAAGGAGAACAACAUUGAAAAACGCACUCUGAUCAAAGUCUUUGGGAUCCGUUUCGACAUCCUGGUUUUUGGCACCGGAGGAAAAUUUAACUUCAUCAAUCUGCUUGUGAACAUUGGCUCAACCCUCUCCUAUUUUGGCUUGGCCACUCUGGUCAUUGAUUUCCUUAUCAACACAUACUCAAGUAAAUGCUGUCGAUCCCACGUUUAUCCCUGUUGCAAGUUCUGUAAGCCCUGCGUGGUCAAUGAAUACUACUACCAGAAGAAGUGUGAGACCAUCGUGGAGCCAAAGGCGACAUUAAAAUAUGUGUCUUUUGUGGAUGAACCCUGUAUUAUUAGAAUGGUGGACCAGCAGCUACUUGGGAAAAGUCUACAAGAUGUCAAAAGUGAAGCAGUCGCAAGACCCCAGACAGACUUCACAGACUUGUCGAGAUUGCCCCUGUCUGUCUACAGACCAUCCCGCACUUCCAGACAGCAAGAGGAGGUAGAGAUGCUUAGAGAAGCUGACAGCCCAAGGUGGUGCCAGUGCGGAAACUGCCGCCCAUCCCAACUCCCUGAGAACAGCAGGUGCCUGGAGGAACUGUGCUGUCGGAAAACUCAGGGACCCUGCAUCACCAGCUCACAGCUAUUCAAGAGCCUCGUUCUAUCCAGAGAUGCCCUCCAGUUUCUCCUUCUCUACAAGGAGCCCUUGCUGGCAGUGGAUGUAGAUGUCACCAACAGGGAGCUGCGACACUGUGCCUACAGGUGUUAUGCCACCUGGCGUUUCGGCUCCCAGGAUCUGGCUGACUUUGCCAUCCUGCCCAGCUGCUGCCGCUGGAGAAUACGGAAAGAAUUUCCCAAGAGUGAAGGCCAGUACAGUGGCUUCAAGAACCCUUACUGAUGCCACAGGCUGAGCCGUCACUCCUGGGGCCUUUGCCUACACCUUGAGCUUCACCUGCAAAGGUCUGUGGCCAAAUUUUCAGCAAGAGGGCAAUGCACAUUCCUCCCACCUCUCUGCAGGAGUCAGAGGGCUGAGUCCUGGGAAAUCAAACAAACCAAGGGGCCUCAGCAUGGACCACAAGCCAGGAGAUUUCGAUUUGUGUCUCAGCUCUGUCCCUAAAAAGUAAUGUGAUCCCAGGCCACUAGCUUCUGUACUUCACUCACCUUCUCAUCAGCCUACUAUCUCCUCGAGGCAUCAAUGGCCAACACGCACGUGAGCUUUCUCCUUAGUGCAUAAUGAGGAAAAUGAGUGGUCAGACUAGGAAACUGAAGAACUAUGAAAAAAGCCUUCUAGGUCCUGUUUUGAGCAUGUGGAGGAUUAAAAAUGGCCCGAAGUUAUUUAACACUUACCCCUCAGGACCUGCCCUUGCAUCAGUACAGCUUUGAUUGCUUUAUCCAAUAGGGCAAGUGACUGUGUGGGUUUUAAGCCUUGGUCUUAGAGCUGGAAGCUCCCACUUCCUGGCCCUUGGCAGUCUGGCUGGAAAGAGAGCCAGCCCCCAGAGGAAAGUAUGCAGAUCCUGAGACUGUCCUGCACGAAGGAAGCCCUGGAAGUCGGAGGGAGAGGAGAUGCCGAACCAGCUCCCGGCUUUGAGAUCUUCAGACCCUGCUAAGUUGAUCACACGCUUGAGACAUCCCAGGCUAUGCCCCUGCUCAGGGACCCAAGGAAUGAAAUAAUUAUUUCAUGCCAUUGAAUUUUGGAUUUUUAGUCAUACAGCAACUGAAAGCAAGCUUUGUUCAUAUGGACACGGGCUUAACCCACAACUUUCCCGGUUCUGAGACUCAGGGAGCCUGCACCACCCCCUGAAACUCCUGGUCUGGAACCCAAAGGGCCUGCCUAGACUUUUGUUGGCAAUUCUGGGAGAGCUGAAGGCCAAAUCAGGUAGCUAACAUUUCAGCCCUGGAAUCCAUUAAAUCUAACUGCCAAGCUGUCUAAUACGGUCCAACUUGCAUUGUAUUCCUAUGGUGGGAAAUAAUUGUUACUCAAAAUGGAGAAACUUGCCUUUGUGCCUUUAGCAACUGGAAUGCAUGGGUGUUACUUGAAGAGCAACCCUCCCAAGCCUUUAUCAUUUCUCUACACCAGCCACAACAGAUAUGCAAAUGGUAUUUGUAGGCUGUGGGAUUUUCAUCCUGCAGGAUUACCUUUUCCUGGUUUGGGCACUAAAAUUCACUCCUUCUAGCAACUAUUUUGAGGACUAGAGACCACUAUUCAACAAUAUAAAUGAUUUUUUUUCUCAUAGUCUUAAGAUUUUUUUCUUAUCGUCUUAUUUUGGUACUUUAAAGAACUAUCAACUGGGGCCAAAGGGAUAUUACAGUGGGUAGGGUGCUUGCCUUGCACACGGUCAACUCAGGUUCAAUCCCCAGUACCCAGUACCCCCUUAGCACCACCAGGAGUAAUUCCUGAGUGUAGAGCUAGAAGUAAGCCAUAAGUAUUGCUGAGUGUGGCCCCCAAACAAAAAAAAGAUCAACGUGCUACUGCUUACAAAACAAUAUCAACAAAAGCUUUGAGGAGGGAUGGUUCUGGACAUUUUUCAGGCUUUAAACUCAGGAUGAAGUUAAUGGACCAGACUUAACUUUCAUUUUUAGUACCUUUCAGAUACAUUAUUGCAGAGUUUU